AUGGGUGUCACCGAUGUUCUGUCUCGCAAGUCCGGCGUCAUUGUCGGCGAUGACGUUCUCCGUCUUUUCGAGUACGCCCGUGAAAAGAAGUUUGCUAUUCCCGCCAUCAACGUCACUUCUUCUUCUACCGUCGUAGCUUCACUCGAGGCUGCCCGCGAUGCCAAGUCCCCUAUCGUCCUCCAGAUGUCCCAGGGCGGCGCUGCUUACUUUGCUGGCAAGGGCGUUGCCAACGGUGACCAGUCUGCUUCCAUUGCCGGCUCCGUCGCUGGUGCUCACUACAUCCGCUCUAUCGCCCCUACUUACGGCAUUCCCGUCGUCCUUCACACUGAUCACUGCGCCAAGAAGCUCCUUCCCUGGCUCGAUGGCAUGCUCGAUGCCGAUGAGGCUCACUUCAAGGCCACGGGCGAGCCUCUCUUCAGCUCUCACAUGAUUGAUCUAUCUGAGGAGUCUGUCGAAUGGAACAUCGAGACUACCGCGGCUUACCUCAAACGCGCUGCCCCCAUGAAGCAGUGGCUCGAGAUGGAGAUUGGAAUUACUGGUGGUGAAGAGGACGGUGUCAACAACGAGGAUGUUGACAACGCUUCUCUCUACACACAGCCCGAGGACAUUCUCAACAUUUACAAAGCCCUCUCUCCCAUCUCUCCCUACUUUUCCAUUGCCGCUGGUUUCGGCAACGUCCACGGCGUCUAUAAGCCUGGCAAUGUUAAGUUGCACCCUGAGCUCCUCGGCAAGCACCAGGCUUUUGUCAAGGCUGCCAUUGGCUCCAAAAACGACAAGCCCGUCUUCUUUGUCUUCCACGGAGGUUCCGGCUCUGACAAGCAGGAGUACCUCGAUGCUAUUAGCCAUGGUGUCGUUAAGGUCAACAUGGACACUGAUAUGCAAUUCGCCUAUAUGGCGGGCAUCCGCGACUACAUGCUGAAUAAGAAGGACUACCUACUCACUGCUGUUGGCAACCCUGAUGGUGGCGACAAGCCCAACAAAAAGUACUUUGAUCCGCGUGUCUGGGUUCGUGAGGGUGAGAAAACCAUGUCGAAGCGUGUUGCCAUCGCGCUCCAGGACUUCAACAACGCCAACCAGCUAUAA